AUGUCAGUAGUGGAAACAACAAAUUCAACUGACGAUCAAAAUCUUUACACCGACACACAGAAUGAAAAUACGAUACAAUGCAAAGAUUGUCCAGAUGGCUGGGUAACAGAUCAACCAAACAAAAGAUGUUACAAUUUCAUUUUUUAUCCAAAAUUACCAUAUGUGUUGGCAGCAAAAUCAUGUGCUGAAUCUUUCUCCAGUUUAGUCAGUGUAACAACAAGUGGUGAACACAGUUUUAUAAAUGAGUAUCUCCUUUCACAUGAUUCAAAUAGGUAUGAAUGGUAUACAAGUGGAAGAAAAGAUCUUAAUAAUGGUUAUGUUUGGGAAGGGGAAGGUGUUAAAAUCAGCGAUGUGAGACCUCCUCUUGACCUCUGGAUGCUUGGGUACCAGUAUGUUCCACAGGAAAGACUAAUAUAUAAAUUUGAUCCUACUCAAAAUGGUUACAGAUGGUAUAUAGGUCAAGACACUAUUAAAAGAGCUUACAUCUGUGAAAUAGGCCAGGAAGAGGCUUACAGGGUCCUUAUACAGAGAAGAGAUUUCACUUUUGGAACACCAUACCUUAAUCUGGAUGAAACAGCAAAUGGUCCAAUUUUUGACUCUGAUGGUGUGCCAGAAAAUAUUUGGUUUCUAAGAUCGACGAGGUCGCUAUAUUUAGAAUGUUUAGCUAUAGGUUAUCCACAGCCUACCUACAGAUGGCUUAGAGGCCCAACAUUCGAACAAAUUUCUGAAGAGGUUAAAACAGCAACAGACAGUAGAUACACACUUACUAAUGGUAAACUGACAAUACAAAGCCCUGAUGAUAGAGAUUCCAGAUAUUAUAGAUGUGAAGCAAGUAAUCCACAAGGGAAAAUCAUCAGUAAUUAUGCACAGCUAGCUAUGGGAACGUUGGGAGAAUUUCCAAACUACUCUGAUGCCCCAGUUACAGCAUAUGCAUAUGAGGGAUCAGUUGUUCUUUGUAGUAAAAUUAAUUUUGAACCAUCUGUUGUAUAUAAUUGGGAGCGAUACACUGGAUCAGGAGGAAUACCACAAGAUAUAUUUGUAGAAAACACACCACACCUCUUCAUAUCAGCUAAUGGGAGAUUGUAUUUCUCCGAGAUAUCAGAACAGGAUGAAGGAGACUAUUAUUGUCGUGUAUCUUUAUCAGGAAUAUCGGACUCAGUAGUAGGAACGGCACAGCCACCUAGUGCUGUCAGCCGACCAAUCCACUUGGAUGUUGUAACUCAAGCUUCUAAAAAUGACUGGGGUCCACUUAUCCAGGAUGAUUUCAUAAAUGUCUUCCCAAAUCCACCAGUUCGAGGACAAGGUGUGAGAUUGGAAUGUUUUGCCUAUGGAUCAGCCACCAAUUACAAAGAAAAUUGGAAUUUUAUUUGGUCCCGACGGGGUGGUCUCCCUUCUAAGGUUAAAUUUGCUGACUUCAACCGAGUACUCAUUUUGGAGAAUGCUCAGGCAGAGGAUGAAGGAUUAUAUACAUGUCUGGUCACACGAGGAUCAGGGUCACAGAGCAAAGACUUUCAACUUAUAUUAAACACAAAGCCAUAUUUUUUAAAUCCACUGAAGCACCAACAUGUAGACAUCGGCAGUCAUAUCAGCUGGCAAUGUCUAGCUGACGGCAAUCCAACCCCGGAAUACAGCUGGUAUCGUAAUGGUACAAUGAUCCUACCUAACGACCCAGAUGUAGUUAUUAGCAGGAAUGUACUUACUAUAAGUACUGCUGACCCUAAGAAACAUAGUGGAAUGUAUCAAUGUGGAGCUACUAAUGUCUUAGGUCAAGUCUUAAGUUCUGCUCAGUUAAGAGUUUUAGCAUUUGCUCCUUCCUUCACAAAGAAUCCUCUCCCACAAAGUUUAGCUGGUGCUAUUCGUGGAAAUAUCUCAAUACCAUGUCACCCUGAAGCAUCACCAAGGCCUUUUAUUAAAUGGGCUAGGCAAGAUACAUUUGGAAACUUGCAAGACUUGUCUGUGCAAGUGAUUACAGGGCCAAUCGUAGAUAACACAGUUCAUUAUAGAAUGAACCUGAAUGGAGACCUAGUUAUUACAAAUAUAGGGAAUGAAGAUGAAGGGACUUUUAUCUGCAUUGCUACAAAUGAUUAUGGCGAAGACCAAAGUGCUUGUCAACUGUCAGUACAAGAUGGAACAACAUUAUUCAGAAAACCAAACAACUUUUAUAAAAAUUAUGUCCAGAAUGACACUGUGUUUAUAAACUGUGAAGCUUCUUAUGAUCCAGCUCUAGAUCUUAUUUAUGUUUGGAAAUUCAAUGGAAAAAGAAUAGAUAUGGAAAAGGAGUCUUAUUUCUUUACACAAUCUUUCAAUCCAGUUGGAUUAUACAUCAAACCAUUACAAUACUAUCAUGAAGGGGAGUAUGAAUGUACAGCACUAACACCACUCAACUCAGUCAGUGCUGCAGGGAUAGUGGAAGUUCAAGGUGUACCAGAGGCUCCAUCAGGACUGUAUGGAGACAGCGGAAGGGUCACCACAAAUAGUAUAAUUUUUUAUUGGACCUCUGGCAAAGACCGUGGAUCUGCAAUUUUGGAGUACGAGGUGAUAUAUAAUGUUGACUCUGAGCCAGGACAGUGGUAUUCAGCUACAACAGGCAUAAACAAGAUACUUCAUGCAGAUACAUUAGUUGUUGGUGGAAUUGAUACAAAGAAAAGAACAUAUGAACUGAAAGGACUCCUGCCAGGCAAUAAUUACAGAUUUAAAAUAAGAGCCAAAAAUAUCAAAGGAUGGAGUGAAUUCAGUUUAGAAUCUGCUUAUUACCAGACUCUAAUGGCUGCUCCAUUAGUGAAUCCUGAUUUCAUGAAUAUAACUGGAGGAGGGGGUAGUGUUGGUGAUCUGACCAUCAAAUGGAAUCCAUUACCAAAGAAAUACCAUGGAGGAACUGGAUUAUACUACAGACUGUACUGGAGAACAGAUAGCACACAAGUUUGGAUUGCAACCAAUGUACAAUCGAAACCAGAUGACUUGUCUAAAGGUCAACUUUAUUAUGUCCAGCUUGUUGGAGCAGAUAAUUUCUAUCUGCCGUAUGAGGUGAUGAUUCAGGCCCGUAAUGCUUAUGGAAAUGGACAGAAUUCUACUACAAGGAUCAUUUAUUCAGCUGAAGGAAUGCCUAUUCCAGCACCAAAGAUUCAAGGCUGUUCGUCCAUUAAUUCAACAGCCAUGGAUGUCUAUUGGACACCUAUUGAAAAUACAAGACAGAAUAUUAAAGGCAAAAUUUCAGGUUUUCAGGUCAACUAUUGGGCCAGGCCAUCUGGGGGAGAAACUCUGCCUAUUUAUAAACAGUUUAUAAGAUUCAGUUCAAAGGAUGAUAUUGUGCCAACUCAUGGUAUUGUCAUUGGAAUCACACCAAAUGCAUUUUCUAUAUUUGAUGUCCAAGUCUUCAACACAGCUGGACUUGGACCUAAAUCAGAUUCUUAUCCUUGUAAAACUGCAAGUGAUGCUACUAUUCUUUAUCCAACAGAAGUGAGGGUGCAUCCUGUUGACUCAACCUCUGUUAAAAUCACAUGGAGAGGUGUACUUAUAACAACCGAUGAAGCAACAAUCGUAGGUUACAAGAUUUUCCUUUGGCCGUCAAACGAAAAUUUCAGAUCAGCCUUUGAAUACUUGACUGAUUUUAUGCCAACAGAAUGGAAAUUAUCCAACUUAGAAGCUGGUGUGGUGUAUUCUAUCAGAAUAUCAGCUUUCAGUGAUGCAGGAGAUGGACAAAAAUCUCCUACUGUUUAUUUUGCUAUAGCUGGAGGUGCCACAUUGAUAGACCAGACAGUUACUCAGUUUAGUUACCUAGCAGCUUCAUCCAUCUCAUCAUCCGUAAUCUUAAUUCUACUCGCUUCCAUGGUAGUGUUCAUGUUGUCAUAACAACACGUCAUCAUUUAGAGACUAGACUAUAAAUAAAUAUUUGUACAAUACUAAAGGUCUUUAAAUUAAAUCUACACUUAAAUUAGAUUAAAAUAAAUUAAAUUAAUAUUUAAGAACCAUUGACUAAUUUCACAAAAAAUCUUAUGAAUCAAAUUACUCAUAAGUCAUGAACAUAUCAGUAUCAUUAAAAGUUUCAAUUAUUUUUAAUUGUAUGAAUUUUUGUGAGAGUUGCCAAAGUGAUGUAAUAUUAUGCUUUCAAAGAAAGUUGAAUUUUCACCAAAACACCAUGUUAAUGUGUUUUUACCAGAGAGAUUAGUUUGUGAACUGUUACCAUAGUAGCAACAGUUUGAUUUUUUUUUUAAAUAUAAAGAUACAGAUGAUCUUAAUUUGUUAUGAAUCUUUGUUAUUCAGUUUUUUUACACAUUAUGUUUCAUGCUAAUUCAUUUCAGUAUAUUAAAUUAUAUGCAGUUUGUUUUUUGAUCUACAUUAUAGAUUUCUCCAUUAUAACUGAUCUCAAUAUCAAAGCUAUUUUUUUAAUUUUACCUCUAGAAAUCCAUUUACUAUGUUAAAUUUAAUACAGAAUGGAUUUGUUACUUAUUUGGGAUCACAUCAUGAUUAAUCCAUACUCAUUAUAUAGUUAUAUUUAUUAGGAGACUGUUCUGUUUGUUAUUUUUUUUGUGCAGAUGGAAAUAUGUAAAUUUUACUAAUUUUCAGGAGUUUAAAAUGAAAGUGCUAUAUUUAAUUUUUAAAACAAGUUGUCUAGUGUCUUGAAUUUAUAUUUAAGUUUUUAAAUAUUCAAGGAAAUACUGAAUUAUUUAUUGUUAAUGUAAUUUUUACUUACAUAGAAAGAUUUAAUCCAGUUUUAUUUUAUUCAAAAUGAAAUCCAGCAAUUUGUGUACAAAUAUAUAUGUGUAUACACACAAUUUUUAUUUAAUAUUUCAGUGUAUAUACCUACAUAUCAUGAUUUCAUUGUAAAAGUAUCAUAUCAUUAUAUUUGCAAUAUUUUUACAAUAAAAUUAUUUAGUAUUAA